GCUUGACAGAUAAUAAACAUUAAACAGUAAAGAAAAAACAGUGCAAAAAGGGUGGAUAACUCAUAACAGUCCCAACGAGAAGGCAGCAAUGGGACUUCAAUCCUUUACUGUCAAGCUCUCUCCAUUUUCCAUCCUCAAACCCCUCUGUAAAACACCCAAACUUCAACGAACCCUAUUUCACCCGUCAUGCCACAGUUUCCAUAACCACCACUACAGCGGCCGGCUGCCGUUUCUCCGUCGAGCGCUUUCUUCAACCGCCGCCGCCACUCUUCAUCCCACUACUACUACCGCCGGCUCCGUCACCGAUAUCACCGAUGAAACAAAAGCUGUGAAGGCGCCUCAAUGGAAAGCGGCCAUAGAUUUCAAGUGGAUUAGGGAUAACAAGGACGCAGUUGCCGCCAACAUCAGGAACCGCAACUCCAAUGCUAAUCUUGACCUUGUUCUUCAGCUUUAUGAUAAAGUACUGAAUCUUCAGAAGGAAGUUGAAAAGCUACGUGCGGAGAGAAAUGCCGUUGCGAACAAGAUGAAGGGUAAACUUGAACCAGCUGAGCGGCAGAAACUCAUUGAAGAAGGUAAGAUUCUCAAGGAUAAGCUUGUUACCCUUGAAGAGGACUUACUCAAACUGACAGAUAAACUCCAGCAGGAAGCACAAUCUGUGCCAAAUAUGACUCAUCCAGAUGCUCCUGUUGGUGGGGAAAAUUGUUCUGCUGUGAGAAAACAGUUUGGUAAACCCAGAGAGUUUAGCUUCUCGAUAAAGGAUCACGUCCAGCUUGGAAAGGACCUGGAUCUGUUCGAUUUUGAUGCUGCUGCAGAGGUUAGCGGGUCCAAAUUUUAUUACUUGAAAAAUGAAGCAGUUAUGUUAGAGCUGGCCCUUGUAAACUGGGCUGUUUCGGAGGUAAUGAAAAGGGGUUUUGUACCACUUACCACGCCAGAAAUAGUGCGAUCAUCUGUGGUGGAAAAAUGUGGUUUUCAACCACGCGGAACUAACACUCAGGUAUAUUCCAUUGAUAGCAGCGAUCAAUGCCUCAUUGGUACAGCUGAGAUUCCAGUAGGUGGAAUCCAUAUGGACUCCAUUCUUGAUGAGUCAUCACUGCCUCUAAAGUAUGUAGCUCUUUCCCAUUGCUUUAGAACAGAAGCUGGUGCGGCUGGCGCUGCAACAAGAACUAUGGACAUGGCGACAGAGGAUUUAGGUGCACCAGCUUAUCGUAAAUUUGACGUGGAGGCCUGGAUGCCCGGUUUGGGAAGAUAUGGUGAGAUCUCGAGCGCCUCUAAUUGUACAGACUACCAAAGUCGACGGCUAGGUAUUCGAUACCGACCCGAACCAUCGAACUCAAAUGUUCCUAAAAAGGGUAAGGGUAGUUCUGCCCCUACUCGGUUCAUCCAUACACUAAAUGCAACAGCGUGUGCAGUUCCGAGAAUGAUCAUUUGCUUGCUUGAAAAUUACCAGCAAGAGGAUGGUUCUGUUGCUAUACCUGAUCCAUUGAGGCCAUUCAUGGGUGGCAUUGAGAUUAUUGCCCCUAAAUAUAAAUUCAAUUUGCUGCUUGGGGUCGUACCUAACACAGAUGCUAAACAAGCUGCUUGUGAGCAGCUAGAACUCGGCUUCGAGCUUGAGUUUGGUUCUCGUACCCCUAUUACUCGGUACCCAUCCAGCCUCAUGGGAUACAUUAGGUGCUUGGAUGGAGUUCAGUGGAGGAAUUCAAAGCCUAUAGCUGGCGUUUGGAAUUGCUCUUUUACCACAUCCACAAUUCCCUCAUCUUCCUCUUGCAUUGCGACCACAAUUCUCUCAUCUUCCUCCUCUGAUGUUACUGCCACUGAGCCACCCCGUCAUCUCAGAUCUCCUUCUCUUUCCCAUGCACGGCCCACCCAUUUUUACCCAAAAUCUAACGUACACCACCGCCAACGUCUUGGGGCGCUAUUCGUUAGGGUUGCGGUGGUGCUGGUUCACGCCGUCGUGUGGAGGACCGACGAUUUGGUCGCCGACGAGGAGGGUUUGUAA